AUGGGCUAUUAUUGUACAGUCCCGCAGUGCACAUCGUUAGCCGGCAAGACGAAAAACGUGAAGUUUCACAGGUUUCCCCGCGAUGAGACUAUGGCAGACAAGUGGAAUGGGAUUUUAAAGCGAGGAAAACCGUACACGAAAUAUUCCAAAGUGUGUAGCUUGCACUUCACCCAGGCCGAUUAUAACGUCACGACUAUGGGUCAAUGGAAAACCUUGAGCAAAGACGCGGUACCCUCACAGAACCUUCCCAAGCUGAACCCAGAUGGUACAGUUAUGGUCAUCAGAAAGAGUCGCACAGUCAAGUACAGGGAAAGCAAAAAGGAAGACAUUAGUGGUGAGAAGCAAGAGAAAUGGCAGAUGUCAGCUACGGGGCACAACCACAACUUAAUACCCUCGACACCAGAGAACCACAUGGCAUGCGAUCCACAGGACCCACUCUACCGUUACCCACUUGCCAACAUGAAUAUAUCACAACAGCCCCACCACACACUAGCAAUGAAACCCAAAAAACAAGACGCGUUCAUGCAAACAGAUCCUGUACAAUCAGAGGAAGAUGACUCCCAACCCAACAACAGUUACAGCGAAGUUUCAGACAAAUAUUCCACUGAUAUGUCAGAAUACGCUGUCCAGAAUUUCCAAAAAGACCCCGAAUUCGACAAAAAAUAUGAAGCGAAAGACUACACCAACAAACCAGAAGACUUUUUGCGUACAAACGAAGAAUAUAACAACGAAGCUGACAAGUAUGCUCUAGAAAGAAAAUCUUUAGUCGAUUUCCCGAAACCAGUUGAUAAUUAUCAGAAAAUAUCUGACAUAUAUCCCUUCAAUGAUAAGGUAUACCAAAGGAAUGACUACAUGGGCUACCCUUACCAUGAUAAUGUUGAGCAUUUAAGGAAUCAACAGCAGAAUUUACAAAUAUUACAAGAUAGGAUAACAGAGAAUCAGAAUUUUUUUAAUGAGAAUCAUAUAAAACAGGAAAUUGAUAUCAACGGGGAUGAAGAUAAAUUCCUUUAUAGAAACAAAGACCAAUUAGAUGCGGAUAUGUACAAUAGUCGAAGAAUAAUUGACCAACAGCGUUUGAUAGAAUCCCUACAGCAUCCGGUCAAGGAAGAACCAGACACUGUCAGUGGAUGCGAAAACGUGAUGCAGCCCCAAGGUAGCCCUUAUUAUCAGUCGAACACACACAAUACUGUCACAGGCGCGUACUACGCGGGCGGCGCGCGGCCCGGCCCGGAGCUGCUCAUCGCCAAGCAGAACGCGCUCGCCGCGCACACGCAACUCUGGCAAAACACGAUGAAGCGGCCAUUCUUCUACAGCGAAAGUUCACAUUAUAAUGGUCCACCGUUACUCCAUAGAUAUGAGGAUAUCUCAAGAAUUCUUCAGUGA